AUGAAUGAAACCACGGAUAUCAUUACAAUUCCAAAUACUGUAGCGGGAAUCUCGCUUUUUAUAUUUUCUGCAAUUUAUCUUUUUAGUCUAUUUAUUAUGUUUCCAAUUUAUGUCUAUGUCUAUAGAUAUAAUGAUAAAAAUGAUAAAAUGGCACUUUUCCAUCCAAUCACAAGUCACUUUUAUAAAAUGAUAAAAUGGUUUCAUGCAAUUGCAUUAUUUUUCAUUAUAUUCCUUAUAUUGGUGUUUAUAUCCUCGAACACAAAAAUUAUUACGACCGCCGUUCCAAUUUUGAUACUGAUUGUCUAUUUAAUGUCUUCCGUUAUAACAAGUAUUCAAAAUUCUCUACUAUUUCUCCUUGCUCUAUAUCGUUUUAUUAUAGUUUUCUUUCCGUCUUGGAAAUCCGUAGCAAGCACAAAUUUCAAAAAACUUAUCAAGAUUUUGUAUAUAUUUUUUAUACUGGUUCAGAUUAUUCAUAAGUUACUACAAAAUAUUUGUAUAAUUAGUUCGAUGAUAGAUGAAAAUAUAUUACUUGUUCCAAUAAACGAUAAGAGAAAAAAUUCCCUGGAAUAUUUUGAAAAAUUAUCAGCCAAAUGUAACGAAUGUACUAAAUUUUAUGAUCAUGUGUUUUGGAUUAUCUACAUAACAGGGGACGUUCUUGUGGUAACAGCUGCAGUUCUUUACGGAAUAAUGUUUUUCAAAAUUCGGAAAUGGAGCCAAUUAGUUGGAGAUUCUCUUAAUCAACCAGAACAAUACAUAUUUUAUCAGACACUGUUUAUUAUAAUUUCUAAAUCUCUUGCUGUCACAUUAAUUUCGUUAUCCUGUCUCAUUUAUGGAGAUUGUGCAGGACAGAAGAUUUUCAUAAUAUUACUGUUCACUGAUUUAACAGUAACUCCUGCAGUAAUCCAGGGAUCAUAUUUGCUUUGUAACCGUUCAAACAUUGAUGUCAUAUUAUCGAUUAAAUUCAAAAAGUUGAGAACAUGGAAAGUUAUAUUUUGUGUUGCAAAACCUAGAAGGCGAAGAAAAAAAUUGAAUAAAGUUGCAAUUAUUGAAAUGAAACAAAACAAGAAUAACGAUGUUUAAUGAAAUUUGGAAGACUUUU